CUCGUGAAAGCUCGCGGUCGCUCCGAGGCGCGCGCUGGCGGUCCUUGCUCCCACCUUUUACCUGAGGGACCCGUGGCGGUCCCUGGCCGGCGCUGCAGCCCCCUUGGAGCCGGGUCCUGCGGUGUGAGAUAUUUCAAUCAAAGGAAGAAAUAGCACUUCUCCUAAGAUGGAAUCUAUUGUUUGGGAAUGUGGUUGAUCAACUUGAUAUGUUGGCCAAAUGUGCCCUAUGUAAUAAAAUGAAAAGAAGAGACAAGAUGAUGUCAUUUUCCCGUAUUGUGAAACCAAAAACAAAUGUCUUUUGUGAGACCAAGCUAACAAACCUCUGACGGUGCAAAGAGUAUUUAACUGUUUGAAGAACUUAACAGUAAGAUCUAGAAGAAGUACCUCCUCAAGCUGAGACCUGCAGGUGUAUAAAGAUCUAAAAUAUUGAGUAGGCCUGAUCAUCCGAAUCUCAUUCAGAUCAAGAAGGAUGGCUAUGAGUUGGAUCGUCUUCUAUCUUUGGCCCUUGACUAUGUUUGUGGGGCAUAUAGGUGGGCACAGUUUGUUCUCUUGUGAACCAAUUACCUUGAGGAUGUGCCAAGAUUUGCCUUAUAAUACUACCUUCAUGCCUAAUCUUCUGAAUCAUUAUGACCAACAGACAGCAGCUUUAGCAAUGGAGCCAUUCCACCCUAUGGUGAAUCUGGAUUGUUCUCGGGAUUUCCGGCCAUUUCUUUGUGCACUCUAUGCUCCUAUUUGUAUGGAAUAUGGACGUGUCACACUUCCCUGUCGUAGACUGUGUCAGCGUGCUUACAGCGAGUGUUCAAAGCUCAUGGAAAUGUUUGGUGUUCCUUGGCCUGAAGAUAUGGAAUGCAGUAGGUUCCCAGAUUGUGAUGAGCCAUACCCUCGACUUGUGGAUCUGAAUUUAGCUGGAGAUCCUACUGAAGGAGCCCCAGUGGCAGUGCAGAGGGACUAUGGUUUUUGGUGUCCCCGAGAGUUGAAAAUUGAUCCUGAUCUUGGUUAUUCUUUUUUGCACGUGCGUGAUUGUUCACCUCCUUGUCCAAAUAUGUACUUUAGGAGAGAAGAACUUUCAUUUGCUCGAUAUUUCAUAGGAUUGAUUUCAAUCAUUUGCCUCUCUGCCACGUUGUUUACUUUUUUAACUUUUUUGAUUGAUGUCACAAGAUUCCGUUAUCCUGAAAGACCUAUUAUAUUUUAUGCAGUCUGCUACAUGAUGGUAUCAUUAAUUUUCUUCAUUGGGUUUUUGCUUGAGGACCGAGUAGCCUGCAAUGCCUCUAGCCCUGCACAGUAUAAGGCUUCCACAGUGACACAAGGAUCUCAUAAUAAAGCCUGUACCAUGCUUUUUAUGGUACUCUAUUUUUUUACUAUGGCUGGCAGUGUUUGGUGGGUCAUUCUUACCAUCACAUGGUUCUUGGCGGCUGUGCCAAAGUGGGGUAGUGAAGCUAUUGAGAAGAAAGCAUUGCUGUUUCACGCCAGUGCAUGGGGCAUCCCUGGAACUCUGACUAUCAUCCUUUUAGCGAUGAAUAAAAUUGAAGGUGACAAUAUCAGUGGCGUGUGUUUUGUUGGCCUCUACGAUGUUGAUGCAUUAAGAUAUUUUGUUCUUGCACCCCUCUGCCUGUAUGUGGUAGUUGGGGUCUCACUCCUUUUAGCCGGCAUCAUAUCCCUAAACAGAGUUCGAAUUGAGAUUCCAUUAGAAAAGGAGAACCAAGAUAAAUUGGUGAAGUUUAUGAUCCGGAUUGGUGUUUUCAGCAUUCUUUAUCUCGUACCACUCUUGGUUGUAAUUGGAUGCUACUUUUAUGAGCAAGCUUACCGUGGCAUCUGGGAAACAACAUGGAUACAGGAACGCUGCAGAGAAUAUCACAUUCCAUGUCCAUAUCAGGUCACUCAGAUGAGUCGUCCAGACCUGAUUCUCUUUCUGAUGAAAUACCUAAUGGCUCUCAUUGUUGGUAUUCCCUCCAUUUUUUGGGUUGGAAGCAAAAAGACAUGCUUUGAAUGGGCCAGUUUUUUUCAUGGUCGUAGGAAAAAAGAGAUAGUGAAUGAGAGCCGACAGGUACUCCAAGAACCUGAUUUUGCUCAGUCCCUCCUGAGGGAUCCAAAUACUCCUAUUAUAAGAAAAUCAAGAGGGACUUCGACUCAAGGCACAUCCACACAUGCCUCUUCAACUCAGCUGGCUAUGGUGGAUGAUCAGAGAAGCAAAGCAGGGAGUGUCCACAGCAAAGUGAGCAGCUACCAUGGCAGCCUCCACAGAUCCCGUGAUGGCAGGUACACUCCCUGCAGUUACAGAGGAAUGGAAGAGAGACUACCUCAUGGAAGCAUGUCACGACUAACAGAUCACUCCAGGCACAGUAGUUCCCAUCGGCUCAAUGAACAGUCACGACACAGCAGCAUCCGGGAUCUCAGUAAUAACCCCAUGACUCACAUCACACAUGGCACCAGCAUGAAUCGGGUUAUCGAAGAAGAUGGAACCAGUGCUUAAAUUGCCCUGUCAAAGGUGGAAAACUUGUGCCGUUUAGAAAGCAGAUUCUGUUCUUUGCCUUUGCAUGACUGAUUGCUGUAACUCUCUGUUAUGCGUUCAGUCAGGUGCAGAUUGUGUCCAUUGGAAAAGUAAAUUUUUGCUUUUUAUAUUGCAUCCAUCUUGGAACAUCAAGAUGUCCAAAAUGCUAAGAAUUAUAUCGUCACAUAAAUAAUCCUUAUUUCUAGGUUAUGAAGAGAUAAUUAUUUGUCUGGUAAGCAUUUUUAUAAACUCAUUUUAUAUUUAGAAAAAUCCAAAAUGUGUAGUGACUGCUUUGUAGUGAACUUUCAUAUGAUAUCAGUUACUCGUGAGGUAACAUUCUUGGUCGUUCUGUUAAUAAAACACAAUUUCAGAGUUAAAGAAAUUUUCUAUGCAAGGUUUGUUUCUCAGAUGAAUAAUAGGACUUUGUAGUUUUAUUUCCGCUGAGUGAAAAAGAACUGUGUUUUUAAACUGUAGGAGAAUUUGAUAAAUCAGCAAGUGUAUUUUAGCUAACGGAAUCUAAGAUCAACAUAAGAAUCUGAUUAGUCUUUUGAAGGCUCUUUCAAAAUUCUAUCAAAAUAAACUUCAUCCAGAGAGAUACAGGAGUAGCAAUGGACAUUUUUCCCCCCUAUAAUUGAGCUGAUUUUAUUACUUUUGUAAAUAUUACUUUUACUGGCAGUGUUUUUUACAACUUGUCCAUAUGCAUGAUGGAAAAAUAAUUUUUAGCUAUUUUUUUCCCAUGUAGUAGUAUUGAUUCACAGAGAACUUUGUGUUCAUAUCUGUUCUGUGGAGGCAUGUAAUAAGAUCAGCAUCACACAUUAUAACGUGUUUUUUUUUUGUUUUUGUGUUUGUUUUCUGGUAGCCACAAUUACAAAGUGGCAAAAUGUUUUCUCUGUAUUCAUUGUUGUAUUUUUCUACAGUGAUAUGUGAUCUUGCCAAAGCCACCAUCCAGGUCUUGGUAUCCAGGCCCUCCUACCACUGAGCUGAUUGUCUGCUCUUGCAUUGCCCAGUAGCAAAUAGGCUACAGAUUUUGUUCCUCCCUGCUCCCUCUCCCGCCCCCCCUUUUUACUUUCAGAUUCUGGAUCAUUCUUUUCUUGUUUACAGCUGAAAUAUAUAUAACCUAAGUGCAAAGUGGCAUUUUAUUUGGGAUAUCUGAAAAUCAUUAUAGCUAAAUGAAGCAUGGUUAGUCUUGCUGUGAAGUAUCUUUUAAUCUUAAAAAUAUCAACUCAAAAAUUGACAUUUUGUCUUGUGUUUAAAUUAUUUUUAGUAAAAACUAUGAACUUUAUUAGGCAUGAAAUUGAUCAGAAUGGAAAGAAAAAUUCUGGAAAAUGCUGGAUGUGUUCUAUAGAAAAGCAUAUUUAAACAAGCAGUCCUCAACCCUGACUCCAGGUAAGAAUCACUUGAGGUACCACUGAUGCCCAACAACUCCCUCUCAUUCAGAUGAGAAUUGGUAGUUUUUUUAAAAAAAAAGGUUUUCCAGGUGAUUCUCAUCUUCAGCCAGGCAGUAGUCUGUUUUAAAUUAACUUGCCCCUGAUGAUGAUCUGAUGGCAUCCUAUUACAUCAUGUGAAAAUCUAGAUGAUUCAGUAUUAUACUUUUAUAUCAUUACCUGAUUCACAAUCAUUCUCCACUUUGUCCUUUUAUUAUAAUAUAAUGUGGAAUUCUGGGCUCCAGUCCUAAAGAUUCUUAUUCAGUAACUCAGAGGGGGUAGGACUUUGAAAUCUGUAGUUAUAAAAAUACUAUAGGUAAUUCUUUUGCAGGUCGUCUAAGAAUCACACCUUAAAAAAUAUUCUUGACUCCAGAAAGUCUAGCUUUGUCAUAUGCUAGCUUUUGACCUCUAACAAGUUAACUUCUCUGAGCUCUGUGCUUCAGCUCCCUUGUUUGUAAAUGAAGAUAGAAGAUAAAUACCUAUCUCACAAAGUUGUCAAGUAAGGUUCAAAUGAAAAAUCAUAUGAAAGCACUGUGAAAAGCAUGAAAUACAAGGGAUUAAGAUUAUUGAGGAUUUAAGAGAUUUGUUUGAGGGCUAUUAUAGUACAUUCCCUGACAUGUGUUUAAUUCAUAUGUACUUUUACUGUCUUUUUUUUAAAUCAAAAGUACUAAAAAAGUAGGUGUUGAUAAAAGAAGCUUUUAUCAGGCACAAAAAUCAGUUUUCUGAUAAAAAUAAUUUGUAUAUCAUGUUUCUUUCAAAGUUCCUAUGUCUUAAUAUUUAUUAUUAUUAAUUCUUCAUAAGAUAUAUUUGAACAUUUGGCCCAAAAUGUUUUUCUUUUUCCUCAGUCUUCAUUGUUAUUCUCAUUGAAACUGGAGUUAGUAUUCAAAAUAGGCAGAGUCUGAAUUCCCCCAUAACUAAUAUUUAGUAAGUCUUUUUCUCUGAAGGCAGGCCAAACUUAUAACAACUCAUUUAUAAAUAAAUUAGUAAUUCAGGAGGCUUUUGUCUGAGAAUCUCUCCUGAGAACAGUAUGACAAAACCAACACAAACAUUCAGAAACAAAAAUAAGGAGUUAAAAUAGAAGGUACCAGCUUGAGCUCGAAGACGUUGUCAGUCGUUGCCAUCUGCGUUAUAUGAUCAAUUGCCAAAAUGUUAAUUGGUUUUCUUGAACAAGUGGCCAAGUAUAGACAGUUAAGUGAACAUCACUAUUAAAAUCUUAACUUUGUGCUUCCUGAUUUUUACAUAUUCAUUUGUAGCUUCUCUGUUAAACUAACUGUUGGUAUAUAUUGUAGGUGCUAUAUUGACAUUUCAGUGACUUUCAGUAUCUUAAUUUUGUUCCACAAAAUUUACUUAAUAUUGUUUAUCCAUUAUCUUGAAUAACAGCAUUUAGUUUGGGCCAUGUUAUUUAUCAAACUAGUGCUCCAAAUUAAUUUCUUUUUGUUUUUGUUUUUUGUUAAGAGACAGUUGAAGAACUAUAGCAAAACAGCAAUUUCAAGUUUCAACAAGCUUAACAAACUGAGCAAGGCUGGACAGCUUUCUUACCAUAUGUUUAAUUUGUGUUGUGAUUUUGUGAUUGGCAUAUAAUAAUGCUUAGUGUUUUAUUUGUUCAGCUGACAACUGAGAAAAUAAUAGUGCUCUCUAAAAUAAUAUAUAUUCAAAAGGUUUUGAAAAGUACUUUGAUUUCAUCAAUAUUAUAUUUAUUUUAUUCAGUAAUUAAAAGAUCCAAGGCAAUAUUAAGCUAAAAACAAUAGUUUCUAAGAACAAUUGAUUAAUAACUCAACAUCUAGCACAGGGUUUAGUACAUAGCAAAUUUUUUAGUAAUUGAAUAAAUAACUCAUAUCAUGCAACUCACUUUUACCCUAGUAGAGUCUCACCUGAAAGAAAUUUGAAGGAUUUGAAUUGAAAUUAAGUGAAAUGAAGUCUGCUUUAUCAAAAGAACAUGUGGCAAGUAAUCAGAAAUAAGUAAAUUGUACCAAAUGAAACCUAUUUCUCCUAUAGUAACAGUCCAUAUUACUAUUUAAAUUAAAAAUUUAUAUAUAUACAAACUGUACCAACACUUUAUAUUAAUUUUUAAAGGUGAAAGCUAUUCUUAGUAAUAUUUAGGCUCUUGUUGGUUUUAUGUGAAGUUAGAUCUUGUAUUAGUUGGGUGAAUGAAUAUUCAAGCAAACCUUUGUUAGCAAUAGUUUUCGUUUUCUGCUUCUUAGAGCAGAUUUAUAAAAAUUCUAAGAAUCUCUUCAAAUUAGAAAAUUUGACUAUAUUUUAACCUACCUCAUUAGUUUCUUUGUGAUAAUACUUGGAAAUAAUGGAAAUUUUAACUAUCUUGGUGUAGGCUAUAUCCCCAUGAAAUAACAUGAACUACUUAAAUUUUUUUGAUAAAAUAGUGGAUCAUUGGCUGAAGCUGAGAAAACAUUAAUACUAUACCAAAAUUUGACUAUGAUGAUAUUUAUACUGAUUUUGACAUGCCAAAGGUACAUUCAUGUAUUAUCAUACUUGGAUGACUUACAUAGUCUAGCGUAAUGAAAAUUCUACUGGGUUUGGAAUUCAGAGACCCAUAAUUACGAUAUAAACUGGACAGGUCGUUUAACUUCUCUUAGUCUCAAUUUGUUCAAUGUAAAAUGAGGAUAAGGUAAGUUUUGGUCCCAACCAACAGGAUGUUGUGAGAAUCAAAUGACAUAACAUGUAUUAUAAUGCUCUGCAAUCUAUAAAUUACUCUAUUUACAUGUUUAUGUUAGAAUUUUGGGGUUAUAGAAAACAAAGAUUGGUCUUCAGUGAUAUAUAGCAAUAACAGCAAAAUAGUAAAUUAGACCAGUAUUCUUUUGGCACAAUCUUUAAAUCAACAAUUCAGUUAUCCUUUUAAAAUGAGGUUUUUUUUCAAGAGUGGCCAUGCCCUUAAAUUGUGCUGGCUCUUUCAUAUAUGUUAUACUACAGUAUGCUCUCAAAUUUUAUGUGGUUGAAUUUGUAGGUCACUUCCAACAGAAAUUGAUGAUCUCCACUAUAUGUUACCUUUGAUAUGAAAUUAUAUAAAAUAGCUUGACUUCACUGAAAUUUGUAAGAAAAAUAUAUAGAGGACUGUAGGCCUUAACUUUUUUUUCUUUGAGGACUUCCACGUGCCUAAUUCUCUAUAAGAACAAGUUUUAAAAGGAGAUUACUGUAACUUGGUUUUCAACACUGCAAAACUUUAAAUUUUACGUCAUAACAUUAUCUUAAUUUUUUGUAUAAUUGUAUAUAUAAUUUUUUAAACCUGCAUAAAAUGUAUUUCUCCAUUUUUUUCCCCCACAUAUAAACACAAAAGAUGGCAUCUUUACAGAACCAAGAUUUACAAAGGAGUUCAUGAUUCUUUUAAACUUUUAUCCCUUUUUACAACUAAUUAAAAUAAGAAAAAGUGUUUACAUUUAUUUAAUUCAGCUAUGUUUCCUAGUAGCUGUAUAAUUUUAUACAUUGUUCUUUGGCCAUUUCUGUCUAUUUUAUAUGAAAAAAUUAGUUGACAUCUCUUCAUAAUUUAUCUUUUUUGUUUCAGUUAUAUGAAUUUUGGGAAAGGAAUAGGAAGACUACAUCCUUUACCUUCCAUCUGACUGUAAUCAGUCUCCUGGGUUUUUUCUUAUAAUUUAAUUUUAAUCUUAAAUUUUUUAAAGAACCAAAUCGAUAUAGGAUUAUAAUUAUCUCUCAGGAUCCAAAAUCUAGGAGAAAAUGUUAAGGUCUAUCCAGAACCGGCCAUCUUUGUAGACAUUAUUAUUUUGGUUGAUUUAUAAAGGGGUAAUAUAAUAAGUUAAUGAGCAUAUUUUUUAUUCUAUGAUCUCUAAUUAGAAAGUAAAAUUUUGUUGCUGUAAAGAUAAGAGAAGAUAAAGUUUCACUUUAGUCAAAUCCCAUACCAGUACAAGGUUACUUUCUGUAAGAGUAGUUCACUCUGUUUCAAUGCACUAAAGAAAGUUUCCUUCAGGGCCGGCCGAGUGGCUCAGUUGGUUAAGAGCUCGCUCAAGAGUUUGAGCUCUGAGCAACA